AUGGGUACCAUAAUUGGUCUGACCGCCGGUCUCUACCAGGCUCUCAAUCUCCUUGGAGCUGGUGGUGGACAUCCCAACUCGUUCCAAACUGUGCAGGUAGUCAAUGCUACACUCUGCGCUGUCUUUGCUAUCUCAUCCGCAUUUGGGGGCAGUGUAUUGAACACCAUUGGUCCUGUGAUUACAACGAUCCUUGGUAUCAUCGGAUAUGCUAUGUAUGUGGCAGGUCUCUGGUACUUUGACAAGACGAGCAAUGAUUGGUUUCCCAUACUUGGUGGUGUUGCUAUUGGAAUUUCUGCCGGCCUCAUUUUUGUUGUAAUGGGUUCAAUUGCAAUGUCUUACUCUGAGGAAGAAGAGCGAGGGUCCUUCAUAGCCAUUUCGAUUAACCUACAGGCAGCAGGUUGUGCCGUUGGAGAUUUCAUCGCCCUACUCAUCAAUCGCAAUUCUCGAGAUGCUGCUGGCGUACCCGUGGCGGUGUAUAUCAUUAUCAUUGCCAUGAUGGGAUUUGGUUGCCUUCUUGCCCUGACUUUACGACCAGCUUCGCGAGUGAUCCGAGAUGAUGGUACUCAGGUUGCCACGGUACAAGCACGAGGCUACCUUGAAGAAUUGAAGGCCAACAUUGAAAUCUUCAAGGACUGGAAACUCAUGCUCAUGAUCCCCGCUUUCCUGCCAUCGGAGUGCUUCUUGGUCUACACUGGGUCUGUCAAUGCCUAUCACAACAACUUGAGGACAAGAACUCUUCUGUCCUUCUGCGCGGUCGCACUUCAAAUUCCUACGGGCUAUGGGCUUCAGAAGAUCUUGGAUCACAAGGCGUGGACCCGUCGUACAAGAGCCCUCCUAGGUCUCGCGGCAGUAAGUGUACCACUGUUGACUGCCUGGAUAUGGGAAAUCGUUCGCACUCGUCACUACAACCGUAUGAGUCCGCCCAGUCCAAUGGAUUGGACUGACGGCAACUUUGCGCCCACUUUCAUCCUCUUCUGUCUCAACUGGAUUGCGAGUAUUUUGAUGCAAUGCAUCAUACUUUACUUCCUGAGCUGUAUGACAAAUUCCCCAACGAAAGCUGCAAACUAUGCGGGUGUGUAUCGUGGAUUCCUCGCCGCCGGUGAAGCAAUAUGCUUCGGACUCGAUUCAAUCGCUGUGCCCUAUCUCAAAGAGUCGGGCGUGAUCUUCGCCUUCUAUGCCACCGGCGUGCUGGUGUUUCUCUACCUCGCCACAUAUCACAUUAGUGAAACCCAAUACUUGACUGGGGAAGAAGGUGUGGUUGUUCCGGUGCAUGUCAUUGAGGAGCUAGAGCUCGCUGGCAAACAUGCUGUGGUCGAUGAAAGCUCUGAUCCCAAAGCAGAGCCCAAAGCUUCCUCGAAUGAGAUCCAGCAGGCAUAA